GUUGGUUGUGUUUUGAGUCGGGCGCUGUUCUUAUACCGCUUUUCAGUAAUUCAAUUUUCUGUUGAAAUCGUCGCUUAUAAUUCUUAAAACCAUUACCGGAAUACGGCCAUCGUCAGCCCGCGCUCUUUCAUCGGAAGACUGCAAACCGUGCAUCGUUUUUCUGCGAAAAAAGUGAAACAUCUAGUUUGAUCAAACUCGCCAUGGAUUGCAAAAAGUGCCUCCUUCCAGUUAAAACAAAGGAUCACCCGUACAUUUAUUGUAAUGGGUUGUGUGCUGCUGUACACCAUGCCGCUUGUGUCGGGUUAAAUACUAACGAUCUCGCUGCAGUAUCGCCACCAAAGAAAAACAAUAUGUGGCUGUGUGACGAGUGCCUGAUCGAAUUCGUUCAAUGGAGACAGGAACGAACUGAUAUCAAAAACGUAUCUAUCGCCGAACCAGUGCCAUUACCGAAUCAGUUGGAGCAAAAAUGCCCACUUCAACGUGACAUCGAAGAACUUAAGAACACAGUUGAAUCCAUACGGUUGGCUCUUGCUUCACACGAAAGAUUCAAUUCGGAUGCCAGAUCGCGACACUCGACUCCCAAUACUACGAGCUUAUCGCAGCAAAUGGAUAGCGGACUAGGUGAAAUGUCGAAUGUACCUGAUGCUUUGGGCCGAUCAACAGAUUCGAUACGCGAGGAUGACAGCUUUGACUUGCUACUAACGAACAUCGAUGGAAAUGUUUCGGAAGAAGAUAUACAACGAAUGGUCGCUCGUAGUUUGGGCGCACGUGACAAUGAGAUCAUACAUGUGAAGAAAUUAGUGCCACGAUGGGUUGACUGUAGCACUCUAGACUACAUCUCAUUUAAAGUAGUGUUAAAUCAUAAAUGGAAAGUUAGCGCAAUGUUAUCAGCUACUUGGCCUAAGAACGUUAGAUUUCGUGAGUUCAGAAAAGUACGGUGCCCGUGGAGACCUGAAACUGUCUAAUUUGUGAAGUGUUUUAUGAGUUUUAAAAUAACAAUUACAUUUGUCGUCUUAUGUCAUUAUUACGAUGUUAGCUUUAGCAGAGUUUGUUUGUUGUUGUAUAAUGAAAGUUCUGUGAUGUGAUCGAGAUUAAUUAUUAAGCUAAACCUGUAUUUUCUGCCUUUGUUACUGUUUUCUGGUUUAAUGUGUAAUUGCUUAUGUUAAUUUUAGUCUUAAGUAUACACAUCAUUGGGGCGAAAGUAUGCCUGUUGAUGUUGAGAACAAUAAA